GUAUUUGAUAAAAGCCUUAACUAUAUACAUGAUGUAUCUAAGACGUGAGGUCUAAUAUAUUCAAUCAAUUCUUAGAUCUUAUAUAUUCUUCUCUUUUUCUGAAGCUAACAGCAGCGAGGACACUUCAAGCUAUGGCUAUGAAAAGGAUUAACAAAGACCUUAUGGACAUGCAGAGGGAUCCCCCAGACUCAUGCAGUGCCGGUCCUGUGGGAGAUGAUAUAUUUCACUGGCAAGCAGCUAUCAUGGGUCCAACUGAUAGCCCAUUUGCCGGAGGUGUGUUUCUUCUUUCUGUUCAGUUCCCACCCAAUUACCCCUACGGGCCACCAGAGGUUUCUUUCCUUACUAAGGUUUAUCACCCGAAUAUCGACAGUGACGGGAACAUCUGGAUUGACAUUCUGAGAGAGCAGUGGGGCGGUGCACUUAUAUCCAAGGUUCUUCUGUCCAUAUGCGCAUUGUUGACAGAUCCAAACCCUGAUGAUCCUCUGGUUCCAGAAAUAGCUCACAUAUACAAGACAGACCGAGCCAAGUACGAGACCACUGCCCGUUCCUGGACCGAGGAGUAUGCUAUGGGAUGAGCGGGGAAUAUAAUGGAUCCGCACGAGUGCAUUGCACAUUGUCUAAGAAGAUGAGAAAUAAGAAGGGUAAAAAAAACUAGAGUGUGGCUUUUACUUUAUCACUUUUAUUAUCUCAAGCCGUGUGUUGGGAUGUGUGCACGAGCUUUUUACUAUGCCUUGUUGAGAUACUGCAAUGCCAUUUGAGCCAAUAAUUGGCUAUUUAUGAUUAA